CACGUGUUUUUUUGACAUGCUAUAAUUAAUGCCUUUAUCUUUUAUUGUACCGCUCUGAUAUCUAUGUCAUUAAAUACAUCGGCUCAUUUUUGUACCGUAACUUUCAGUAUGAUUUUAUUUUAAAAGCCGACAAAGUAAUUGAGUAAACGUGUAUACAACUUCCAAGUGUAAUGUCAAAAAAAAGAGCUAAGAAGUCUGAGUGGAAGGAAUGCAUGGUUUGCACGUGUAUUAUUAAUGAUCGUGAUGUAACAAGUCACCGUGAUCAGUGUUCUGCAAGCUUACAUUUCUCACUUCAAAGAGCAGUUCAUGGCUUCAUCCGCGAUUCUGUUAUUUAUGGUGUUGCUAGUCCAUUGAUUAACAUAGACCUGAAUGUUCCAAAAUAUUGCAAAGACAAAAUAGUUGUUUUAAACCCAAGCAUGAUGCUGUUUUGUGGAUUGUCGGUUGGUAAACCUUGUGUUGUAGAAAACAAGGUGGUUAGAUGGGCGUGGCCAUAUAAUUCUGGUCCACCCACAGCUGUGUUGAUUGACACUGAUCUCAUGAUUUUAAUUGGCUGUUCUAAAGGUGAUAUAGUAACUGUUGAGUCCUUGCAUGAUGAAGAUAUUUUUGCUGCAGAAGUUAUUUUAGAAUGUUGUGAGCAUUGUGAAUGGAAAGAGUUUUAUUCCAAUCAAGAUUUUACAAAUUACAUUAAACUUAAAACAGUUAACACAUACAUUACCAGAGGAGGCAUCUUUAAGAUAUCAUAUUUUGGACAAGAGUGUAUAUUUACAGUUGUUUCUCUGGGUGAGAAGAAACCUGCAACAGCUGGUAUAAAACUUGGCACUGAUUCCACCAACCAGCAAGAUCUGUCAGAUAGUCUGGCAAGCUUGGAUAUUUCUAGCACAUCAGAACCAGAUGACCAGUCAGACAGAGAUGUUUCAAAUUUGGACCAAUCAUCAACUAGUUUAGAUAACAAUUGCAAUAACCCUGCAGAAAGUUCGAGAACACCAGAUGGCAAGAGACAGGAGAUGACCAACUACAAAACUCCAGAUGUUCACAAAAUAAAGUCAACUCGGUCACAACAAAGGAAGUUUUAUAAAGUUUGUGAUAGUACAACAUUCUGCGUACUGAGUCUAGAUUCAUCAAAAAAAUUUGAGGAGAAGAUUGUACAGAAUAGACUGAAGAUGCUUGGUGGUCUCACGCUACAAAUAAAGAUGAUACGAGACAUGAUUGAACUUCCACUGACUAAACCAGAUCUUUUUAGAUCAUAUGGUCUAUCAUUGCCACAUGGGAUUCUCAUUUAUGGACCCUCUGGAACGGGCAAGACUCAGCUAGCAAGAUCUGUAGGUCACGACAUUGGCAUCCAUGUAGAAAAUGUCGCUGGACCAGAACUUUGGAGCAAAUAUUUUGGUGAAACUGAAGCAAAACUACGAAAUAUUUUCAAAUCAGCUCACGAAAGAGCCCCCAGUAUAAUUGUUAUUGAUGAACUGGAUGCACUUUGUCCACGACGCGACACUUCACAGAGUGAUCAGGAAAAACGAGUCGUGGCCACGCUUCUGACCUUAAUGGAUGGAGCUGCUGAGUCAAGUACACUAUGUGUGGUUCUUGGUGUGACCAGCAAACCUGAUGUUUUGGACCCGGCUCUUCGAAGACCAGGCAGGUUUGACAGAGAAGUGGAGAUUGGGGUACCUACAGCUGAUCACAGAAAAGAGAUUUUAUCGAAGCUGUUUGUGAAUGUUCCUCACUGCUUGUCUGAUGAAGAUCUCACUGAGAUAGCUGAGACGACUCACGGGUUUGUUGGAGCAGAUCUUGCAGCUCUGUGUAAAGAAGCUGGUCUUCAAGCCGUUAAGAGACUGUCAAGUUGUUCAUCAUCAGUGAAAAUUGACCGCACCCACAUGGCUCAUGCAGUCAGCGUGGUUCAGCCCAGCGCCAUGAGAGAGGUCCAGCUCGAAGUACCAAAGAUUUUGUGGUCUGACAUAGCAGGGCAGUCCGAGUUGAAGAUGAAGUUAAAACAAGCCAUAGAGUGGCCCCUGAAGAACCCUGAAGCAUUCCUCAGGAUGGGGAUCACACCCCCUAAAGGUCUGCUUAUGUAUGGACCUCCAGGCUGUUCCAAAACCAUGAUUGCUAAAGCUCUGGCAACCGAGAGUGGACUUAACUUCAUAGCUGUCAAGGGUCCCGAGUUGUUCAGCAAGUGGGUUGGUGAGUCUGAGAAAGCUGUUCGAGAAGUAUUCAAGAAGGCCAGGGCCGCUGCUCCCGCCAUCAUCUUCUUUGACGAGAUCGAUGCUCUGGCUGUUGAACGGGGGAGUUCGUCCGGUGGUAGUAAUGUUGCUGACCGCGUCCUGGCUCAGCUUCUCACCGAGAUGGACGGUGUUGAGCAACUGUCUGACGUCACCAUCGUCGCCGCCACCAACAGACCAGACAUGAUAGACCAGGCGUUGAUGCGACCAGGCAGAAUAGACCGGAUUGUGUAUGUACCCCUGCCUGAUUUUGAGACCAGGCAGGAAAUAUUCCAGCUACUGUUCAAGAAGAUGCCCAUUGGACCAAGUGUUAAUUUACAACUGCUUGCAACAAACACAGAAAGAUAUUCGGGUGCCGAGGUGACGGCGGUGUGUCAUGAAGCAGCUCUGUGUGCUCUACAGGAGGACAUCGGUAACGAGACGGUGGAACCACGACACUUCGACAGAGCUCUUGGAACCGUGCAGCCUCGAAUCAAUGACAAGCUUAUCAAGUUUUACAAUGAUUACCACAAACAGAGUGGAUUACACACUAUCUGACUUUCAGUUAUUUAAUAAUAAAAUAAAUAACAAGGACAAACUUGUCAAGCUUUAUGAUGAUUACCAUAGAGUGGAUUAAACACAACCUGAUCUUCAGUUUUUAAUAAACAAAAAAUAACAAGGCCAAACUUGUCAAGAUUUAUGAUGAUUAGCAUAGAGUGGAUUAAACAACCUGAUCUUCAGUUUUUAAUAAAAUAACAAGGACAAACUUGUCGAGAUUUAUGAUGAUUACUACAGAGUGGAUUAAACACAAUCUGACCUUCAGUUUUUAAUAAACAAAAAAUAACAAGGACAAACUUGUCAAGAUUUAUGAUUAAACACAAUCUGACCUUCAGUUUUUAAUAAACAAAAAAUAACAAGGACAAACUUGUCAAGAUUCAUGGUAUUACCACAGAGUGGAUUAAACACAAUCUUCCCUUUAGUUAUUUAUUAAUAAUAAUAAUAUAUAACAAUAAUGAAUGUGUCACGCUUUAUAUUCGCACAGAGUGGAUUGAAAAUAAAUUGGCCUUUAGUUAUUUAAUAAUAAACAAAAUAAUAAAAAUGUUUUACAAUGAUUACCACAGAGAGAGUGGAUUAAACACAAUCUGACCUUCAGUUAUUUAAUAAACAAAAUAAAAU